AUGCCGGCGUCGCCUGUUUGCUAUUGCUGUAGUGUCGACUUCCUCCUGAUCCUCACAGCUCUAGUAAUCAUCCCGUUUGUACGAGCCACGCAUUGUCAACCUCAAGUAGACAUUCACCUACUUAAUUGCUCUGGCGGCGGACUUACAAGAGUACCACAUCGCGUACACCCCGAGACUCGCACACUGGACCUCUCGGAUAACCACUUGAAAGUGCUGCACGAAGACAGCUUUGGGGAAUAUCACCGACUUAGCCAACUGAUUUUGGAUCAUAAUCAUAUCUACAAAAUCACAGAUAAAGCCAUGAACACCAUCUCAACCACCCUACGGCACCUUUCUCUCCGUGGCAACCAACUAUCCAUUCGGGCAUCCUCCAACUUCCCCGUAAGUGCCUUGACAAAACUACGAAAUUUACGCGUCCUAGAUUUGUCGGAGAAUCCCCUUGGUGUAAUAUUUACAAACUGGUUAGCACCACUGGGUGUUACACUGAGAAUACUGCGUUUAUCCAGCUUGGUAGGUCAGGUGGAGUUACAAGAUAAAGGUUUCUUUGGUCUCGGUCGAUUAGAGGAGUUCGACUUCUCGAAUAACUCCCUCUACCACCUGCCAGAAAAUGCCUUCUUUGGGAUUCGACCCGAGAAACUAAAAAGGCUUAAUCUACGAAACAUACCCUGGCAUUGUGAUUGUAAACUUCUCUGGUUACGACAGUGGUUGAGUGGCGUAAAAAUAACCACUCCUCCGCACGAACCAGACAUCACCGGACCCUGCUCGUAUUCCCACAAAUUCACCACUGUUCCACUGAUUCGUCUGCCCAUCAGCCAUUUCCAAUGUCCGCCAAAAUUACAGAGCAUGCAUUCAAGCGCGCCGCACUACUUUGCAAAGCAAAAGGAUCUAAUGCACGUAUCUCCCUCUGUUGGGGAGUCAGUAACCCUCACCUGCACCUUUGUGAGCCAACCCAAGAUGCUGGUUCAGUGGUACAGAAACGGAGCCCUACUGAGACCGGAACUGAAGCGGUUUGAGCAGAGCGUAAACAAAGGCUCGAAAUUUUCCGCCGUCUUAACCAUUUCUGCCUUACGUGCGCCUGUUGAUAACGGAAAUUAUACUUGUAAAACUAGUAACAACCGCGGUACAGCAAAGGGUGUGUUCUUCUUGAAGAUAUUUAAUUCGGCGAGUGACUCAAAGUAUCUUCUUGAUGAGGCUCAACCGUCAGCGGCACGACAUACGCCUCGUGAUGAAUCUCAGCUGCCAGAAGCGCCACGAAUCCUCGUCACUUCGUUCGCCGUUGUAUGCGUAUGCGUGAUAUGUGGAGCAGGACUCCUCGUCGUUCUACUGCUCUUCCACAUUAGAAAUGGGCGAACGCGAAUUCAGUGCCAUAAUGCGGCCCAAAUGGCCACAGAGACGUUUGAAAAUGUGCUCUGCUUUGAGCCGCCACCGCCUCCACCACCGCAACCCGCGUACAAGAGCAGUUUGCUUUGCAGUCCACCAUCAGUGCUGGAAAUAGGCUUGAACAAUUGCAUAUUUAAACCACCCGUAGCACAACCAGACGACACACCCAACUUGAGCUAUUCACAGGCUUACAAAAUCUCCAAAUACACGUCUUCCACUAAGGUUGAUAAGUCAACUACUGAGGAAAGGGAUAAGCCGAUAGUGCGAACUUUUGCCCCAUUUAUGACCUCUAGUGAGAGUGAAGGUGAUGACGAAGAUGCUGAGGGUGGUAGCAAGAGCAGUGAUGGGGUGGAUAAAGCCUGUCCAGUACAUGGUAGGUGUGCAAAAGAAGAGGCGCUCUUUUGUCCUGUUCAUUCGCACUCCUUCUUGGGAUCUGUAGCCCCAAGGCCUUCAGCUUCCUUCUCAUCAAAAGACAUCUUUACUGGGAGCAUAUCAGUCGACACAAAACAGCAAUGGAGGACCCUUGAAGGCCAAGGAAAGUGCAGUGGGAUGAAUGGAGGUCUGCUGCGACGUCGAAUAAACUCGGCCACAACCGACUUGAGCUCCCUAAAGUGCUAA